AUGUCUCUACACAUCUCCAAAAACUCUCCCCCACCUCAAGGGUCGCAGACCUCACACUUCACGCAGUCCGCUGAGGGACAUCCGGCUAGCGUCACCUUCCCCCACUUUGCCCACCGCAGCGAGUGCCCAUUUCGGCGGUGGUCCCCCAGCCCCGGGAGCGCCCCGCCAGAGGGAGGAUGCUGUGGGGCGGACCUAGCGGUGGGCGGACCGAGCAGCGCUAGCGGGAGGGUCAUUGCAUCGCCGGCCCCGGAGCCACCGGUCCGCCCCGCUCCAGGCAAGGUUUCGGUUUCCUUCGAAGCCCUGGUGGCCGCGCGGCGCAGAGCGCUACAAAUGGCCAGCGGGACACCCGGGGCUCCCGACCCCGCCUUGCCCGGCGGGGGUUGGCGCUGCCCCGAGCACAGCGACCGGCCGGUCGAGCUCUUCUGUCGCCGCUGCGGCCGUUGCGUGUGCGCGCUCUGCCCGGUCCUGGGCGCGCACCGUGGCCACCCGGUGGGCCUGGCGCGCGAGGAGGCGGCGCGCUUGCAGAAACUCAUCCAAGACUGUUCAGAGCAUUUGGUGACCAAGAAGCAACUGUACACUGGGAACAUAGCCCAGAUAGAAGACGCUGGGGAGAGGCUCAAGGCUCAUGCAGAGUCAAGUAAAGUCUGGCUCACAGAGAAGUUCACCGAGCUCAGAUUACUACUCGAUGAAGAGGAAGUACUGGCCAAAAAGUUCAUUGAGAAGAACAUGCAGCUUGCCCUCCAGGUGUACAAGGAGCAGGCUGAAUCUUGCAGGAAGCAAAUUGAGGCCAUGGAAGACCUCUCCCAGAGGAUGUGGCAUAUUGGCCAGGAGCCCAAUCCUGUUCAGCUGUUGCAGGCAUUCAUGGCCACCGAGUCUGAGAUGAAGCAGCACAUGAGCCCCGUGGAGCUGAGCCACCCUGUGCCUUUGUCCUUUGAGCCUGUCAAGAGCUUCUUCAAGGACUUCAUGGAAGCCAUGAAGAACAUGUUACAGGCGCCACUGGACACUCGCCUGAAGGAAAAUAUAAACUGCCAGCUCUCCGGUUACUCCAGCACCAAGCCAGGCACCUUGCUGAAAACCAGCCCCUCACCAGAGAGAUCUCUCUUCUUGAAAUACGCGCGCACGCCCACGCUGGAUCCGGACACGAUGCACGCCCGCCUGCGCCUGUCGGCCGACCGCUUGACGGUGCGCUGCAGCCUGCUGGGCCGCCUGGGGCCCGCGCCCUCCGUGCGCUUCGACGCGCUCUGGCAGGUGCUGGGCCGCGACGGCUUGGCCGCCGGCCGCCACUACUGGGAGGUGGACGUGCAGGAGGCGGGCUCGGGCUGGUGGGUGGGCGCGGCCUACCCGUCCCUGCGGCGCCGCGGGGCCUCGGCCGCUGCCCGCCUGGGCUGCAACCGCCAGUCGUGGUGCCUCAAGCGCUACGACCUGGAAUACUGGGCCUUCCACGACUGCCAGCGCAGCCGCCUGCGGCCCCGCCACGACCCCGACCGCCUGGGCGUCUUCUUGGACUACGAGGCCGGCGUCCUGGCCUUCUACGACGUGUCGGGAGGCAUGCACCACCUGCACACCUUCCGCGCCGCCUUCCAGGAGCCGCUCUACCCGGCCCUGCGGCUCUGGGAGGGGGCCAUCAGCAUCCCCCGGCUGCCCUAGGUGCCUUCGGAUCUCACUGUACUCAGGCGUGACUGCUCUUACUUCCGCCUCUUUCAGGCAUUCUCUUCGUCCCACCUGUGCCCACCCACCCGUUUGAAAGGUUCCUUUCUGGGCAUAGUUUGAAAUGUGCUGUCCAGGUCCCACCAUCACAUUGCAACGGAGCUGUCUUCAGUGCCAGCCUCUGAAAGGGACACACACACCCCAGCAGCCUCUGCUUCCUGCCUUCUCUGUCAUAGAGCGUCUAGAACCUUCUGGCACAUAGUAUGCACGCAGGAGGCAUCUGUGAGAGUCUCCCGCAGUGGUUGUUCUAUUCUUUUAAGGUCUCCUCUAGUCCACUUACUUCAGCUUUUCCAGGUCACCUCCCUCCAGAGCAUCUGUAAGAGUUUAACGUCCUGGUCUGUAACUCUUUCCCCAUCCUAAUCUACCUGAAAAUUGGGGUGAUCUGCCCUAAAUCUUCACAUGGCCUCUCGGGGCUAUGAAGAGGCUCCGUAAUAGCAGUAAAAAUAGAACACUAACUUACCUUCCCUUAGCAUUUAAGGCUUUCUAGUGGGCACUUUGAGGACUUGCCCUCACGCACCUCCUCUUGCUCUUUUCAGAGUCCUUCCAGUCACAAAGGUAUCCAGAGUUGUAUCCUGGUACUUUUGUGUUUGUCAACCCUCUGUAAAUAGGAAGACCUGUUUUGUCAGUAUCACUUAUGAUGUUUGAAAUUGCCUUCAAAACUGUGCAGUGUAUCACAUUUAUUAGUGCCUCUAACAGCUCCCAUGUACCCUGGGGCUUGCCUGUCCUGGGAAGUCUCUUCAAGUCACAGAACAUCUCUUACCAGACCCUCAAAUAUAGGACCUGUCUUUCCCUUACAGACAAUCAAUGGAUCACUGACUCACGGAACUUCCUCAGCUGGGAAGACCCUCACAGAUCACUCCAUGCGGUGAACUCUAACAAAGAACUUCCUUGUUAAACAGUGACCUAGGGCUGAGCCAGGCCUUGGAGCCUGGAUUUGUGCCAUAUGCCCCCAGGCAAGUGUCUGAACUGGCCCCUUCUUAGCCCUUCAAACCCUGCUCUAACUUGGGAGUCUUAAUCCUUAGUUGAUAGUAAGAAGAAAUCAGCCGGUGGCAAGCCAAAGGUGGGUUCCCCCAGGUGUCUUAGGGAUAAUACGUUGAAGAGCUGUAUGAAUAGGGUCUGCAUAGCUCCACAUCCCUGUGUUGCUGACAUCCCACAAAUCCAAGCCAGUUUUCUAGAACAAAGUGACAGAAAGCAAGAGGGCCAAAGGGCCAGCACCUCAGAGAGGCUAGCUCCUCUACCAGGGAGAAACCCCUUCUGGGGCCUGUGGCUCAGUUCAGUAGGGCCCACAUCAUGACUGCUCGCUCUGUAGACCGUUAGGAAGUCAUGUUGUGUUAGAGCAUCUUCUUGGGUGCCUGGUGGCAGGACGUGGGAAGUGAGGAAAAGCCAAAGCCUAACCUCCACCCCCAUGUUUUAAAUGGACUCAGUGCACUAUUGAGUUACAACCGUGUACAGUUGCUGGUAAGUUUUGGCUUUCUUAUGGGGCAACACAAGUAGAAUACAAGGCAGAAGGAACUAAAGGUACUUUAGAUCUAACCAGUUAUCUCUAGCCAGAAAGACAUCUAAGGUGCUAAUUCUGGAAUCCUCAGUGAAGGGAAAAUUACUCUUGAGUGGUGCAAAGGUGACUUCUGACAGAGUAUGUUCCUAACAGAGCUGAGGCUAAAAUACGGCAGAAGACCAAGAUUGCUCCUCACACACCCAUAGCUGUAGGGACAGCUCUAGCUUGUCAGCUACUGUUGGGUACAAGUCCACUGAUCAUUACCCCAUCCCUUGGAGGCAGAAAGUAAUCUCAUUCUACACAUGGCAGCACAGCCUGAGUCACUUGCCCAAAGUCAUGGCACUAGUAGUGUAGCUUUGAUGUUCCUACCCACAAGGCUACCAUGUAGGGUGAAUGUAAGUGCUUGGCCUGGGCACUGCCACCUGCAGUGUCUGAUUCUUUGCUUUUGCCCUGUAACUCUGGCAGCCUGAUUCUACCUCUAGAGUCUUCUUUUGGGCUCUUGAGAUGAAGCCUUAUACCCCAAGGGGGGGCCUUAAUUUAAAAGUGGGAGUCACGCAGCAGAGACAGACCAAACAAAAAGGCAGGAAGACUGGUUCUGGGCCAAAGCCUGCGCUAGCGGGAAAGGGUCAAGCUCCAGUCUAUAAUCAGCUGCGCGUCCUUGAGCUAGGCAUCUACUUGUAGCCCCAUCUAUAAAAUGCGGGCGAUGACCCUACCAGUGCGAAGCCAAAGCUUAUGAUGUUUGAAAUUGCCUUCAAAACUGUGCAGUGUAUCACGCUAGGAUUUAUUAGUGCCUCUAACAGAGCUCCCCAUGUACCCUGUUACAGUGCUGGACAACUGAUACCCAGCUGUUGCAUAGGAGCCGCCUUCUCAGUGCAGCCUCUGGGGUCUAUGCCACAGUAGUACUGAGCAUGUAUCUCAUGCUCUUGGCUUUGUAUCUCAUUGAUACAGUAAACAAUAAAUUGUUUUCAUUUGUGGUGCUGGGGCUAUCACCCAUGGUCCUGUGCAUACGAGGCACUUUACCCCUGAGCUACAAUCCUGGUCCCAGCAGGUAGUUCUCUCGGUGGUA